UUUUUUUUAUUUGUACAAGGUUUUCUUUGGACUUUCAUAGAGAGAUAAAGAUAUUCGUAACUAUAAGAUAAAUAAUGACAGUAAUAAUUAAAUAAUUUAAAAUUAACUUUUGUGGUAGUAGUUAAACAUAGUCAAUCUUUGCGGAUGGUGGUUAAGUGAAAUUGUGGAAAUGAAGUAUGAAGAGAUAUAGUUGGUCUUAUAGGUUAGGAUAUCUGUGUACUGUACCUGUUUCCACAAAUUUUAGUUGCCUUCGUAUGCAUGAAGAUUGUCAUGAUUGAGUGUAUCGAUGUAUUCAAAAAAUGGAUACUAAUAACAAAGAGUCACGUAAUUUACUGGUGUUUUCGACAUCAGAUAGCGACUCGCUCUCUGAAGUUCCAGAAUUUCUUGUGGCACCACCACCGCCUCCAGCAGCAAGGAAAAAGAGACUCAAGCGACGCCUCCGCUCUUCGUCAGCAUCGCAGCGUUUCCACAGCACCCAUUCGUGCCACUGCAGGGGCCACACCAUUGGCUUGUCCAUAGCGGUGUUUGUGCUGCUCUGCUGGUUGGUUAUUGUCUCGUGGCUGGCGGCGGCGCUACACUCCGAACUCAAGUUACUUGAUGAAAAUGUUCGAGGCGUGGUUGCUGGCAGCCAGGGUGUACCCGAUGCCCUCCAGAAGUGCCAUUCAGUGUCAAAAGACCUCCAAGAGAACCAAACUGCCAUUUUCAAGAGAAUCGCCAUCCUCACACAGGAAUUGGAGAACUUUACAGCCCAGCUGACAGCCGUGCAGCAGAGUCUGCGCAGCGUGGAGGACCAGCUGAAAGCUGCGCCGGAGUUGGUCAGCGUGCCCAAGGACCUGCAGGAGGUGAAGAACAGCGUGGCUUCGUUCGGGAGCCAGAUACGCGACCUGGACACCCGUGUCAGCUCUGCCAAGGAUCAGAGUGGCAAGCUGCAAGAUGUGUCCAAAGGCUUACUCCAGAAUAUUACGUCCUUAGAGUCUCGCGUGGAUUUAUUGGCCAAUCAUUCACAGCAACUGCAACCAUCACCUCAAGACAAGGACACUCAAAAAGCAAUGCUGGCGACAAUAAACGAUUUGGUGAGAAAUCUUUCUUCGGUGAACUCCACGCUUAGCAACAAGAUUCAGUGGACCACAGAUGACCAGCACCAUGACAAUACUGUCAUCCAGACCUUGCGAGACAGUGCCCAGAAUGUGAGUGCUCGCCUCAGCACCCUGGAGGGCAAGUGUGCCGACUUCACCAGCGACAAGGCUGCAAUCGAGAGUACCAUCACAAGGCUGAUAGCGCAGUCCAAUGACAGUGUGAACCACUGGCAAGAGCUCAGCUCCCAGUUAUGGCAAGUGAAGUCUCAGUACAACGAACUGGCAGAAAAUGUCACAGAGGUUAGAAACAUGUUGGAUAACAUCCAUCAAGUGGAAAGUUUCCAGUUGCACCAUUCACCCGCUGUCAGGUUGCCAGAUACAGAUGCUGCAUUUCACGAUGGAGUCAGUGUUGAGGAUGACUUAGAAUCAACGAUCAAUUACGUUUAAAGGGAGCGUAAGGAGCACAGACCAACCUCGAUGCCAGCGGCCACUACGGGCGGGGGCAAGGCGUUUGAGAAGAGGUACGGACGCCCACGCUGCCUCAGGAACUGGACUAGUUCUGCGGGCCCCGUGGUGUAACCGCCCGACGCUCCGCCCAGAGCCUUCCCCAGGGUCGAGUUGAUGAUGUCCACUCGGCCCGUCAUGUUGAAGAACUCCUCUGUGCCCCUUCAGCAUCAACCGAAACAAAACAUUGUGUGGACUGUAGCUACUGGUUACUGGGGUUUAACAUCUCUACAACAAGGGCCUCAGAUAUGUUAGUUAACACACGACACAGGCCAGGGAGUAUGGCGAAGAAAUCACUCAUGUCUAGAGACACGAUGUUAUGGUUUUAUUUUUAGCCCAAUUUCAUUUUAAAAACAUGAUUUUAGUGUUUUUUUUUUUUUUCCAUUUUUAUAAACUCUGGUUUGUAAUAAUUAUUUCUCAAAAAUAGUGUAAUGUUGGCACAGUGAAUUAUUACAAUAAAUAAUUUGUAAUAA